AUGCGCGGCGAGAAGGAUGUGGUAAUCUACAGUGCGGUCAUCAGUGCUUGCGAGAAAGGGCUUCAGUGGGAACUGGCUCUGGCGUUGUUAGCAGAACUUGUCGAGGAAGAGCUCCAAAGCAACAUUGUUACAUGCAGCUCGGCCAUCAGUGCGUGUGAGAAGGGUGGCCAGUGGCAGCGUGCUGGGGCCCUUUUGUCGGAGCUCGCAGAGGAAGGCCUGCGAGCCAAUGUGUUCACUUACAGCUCAGUCCUCGGCGCCUAUGGCAAGAGCGAGCAAUGGCAAGAAGCUCUGUACACUUUCAAAGACAUUCAGGACCGGCUCGUGCGGACCAAUGUCAUCGUCUACAAUGCGGCGACCUCGGCGUGCGAGCGGGGCAGCCAAUGGAAGACAGCGCUGAUGCUGUUGGAAGCGAAUCCCAAAGCCGACGUCAUCUCACACAACGCCGCCCUGAGCGCGCUUGAGAAGUCGACCCACUGGCAGCAUGCCCUCAGCCUGUUCAGCGAGGCAAUCGAUGCAGGGCUUCGACCGACAGUCGUCACCCACAACGCUGUCCUCAGCGCAUUGGGAAGCGGCGGGCAAUGGGAGAGCGCGCUUCACAUCCUCGAGAGACUCGCGAAGCAGCAUCUGCAGAGCAGCGUGGUGACAUGGAAUUCGGCCAUCACUGCCUGCGAGAAGGGAGACCAGUGGCAACGAGCGGUGCACCUCCUCAGGGAGAUGCAGGAGAGAAGCGUGCGCAGCAGCAUCAUCUCCUGCAACUCCGCCAUCAGUGCAUGCGAGCGCGGGGAGCGAUGGGAAUGGGCGCUUGAUCUCCUCCGAGAGAUCCCGCGGAGCCAGCUUUCGGCGGAUGUCAUCUCCUUCAACGCCGCCAUCAGCGCCUGCGAGAAAGGGCAGCAGUGGCAACGUGCCCUGCUGCUUCUCAACGAACUUCAAGCCUGUGACUUCCAGGGAACUGUGAUUACUUACAGUGCGGCCAUCAGUGCAGUGGAGAAAGGAAGCCAGUGGCAGCAGGCUGUGCAGCUGCUGGCACAGCUUCCUCGGAGGCACGUGCGCAGCAACGUGAUAACCUACAGUUCUGCAAUCAGCGCGUGCGGCCGAGGUCAGCAGUGGGAGCUGGCGCUUCAACUCUUAACAGAGUUGAAACACCGGAGCCUCCGAGUGAACAUCGUUACCUACAAUGCCGCCAUCAGCUCCUGCGAGCGAGGGCAGCAGUGGCAGCCCGCACAGGAACUUCUGGCCCAACUAGGGCGCUAUUGUCUGCAAAGUACAGCAUUUGGCUUCACUCCUGCGAUGGCGUGCGAGAGCUGGUCGCAAGCCUUACGAACCUGGGGGAUGCCUGGCACGCAGGAGUAG